GUAUAUGCCCUACUACACCCUCUUCCUGGCCUGGUCCAUCUACUACAUGGUGAAGUCCUGCUCCAGCGUCCUGCCCUGGACAACUUGUGGCAACAGCUGGAACACCGACCUGUGUAUUGACGACAUGAAUACAACCAGUAACGGGACAAAUAUGGCAGGGAACACAUCAGAACCUAUCACCAUAACCGAGCGUAGGGAAAAUGGAACUUCUGCUCGCACGCCUGCUGAGGAAUUUUUUCGGUACAAUGUGCUGAAUGUCUCAACUGGAUUGGAGGACGUGGGAGCUGUACAGUGGCACAUAGUUGGAUGUCUGUGUGCAUCCUAUGUAAUAAUCUUUCUAUGUUUAAUUCGUGGAAUCAAGUCUUCUGGUAAGGCUGUGUAUGUGACCGCACUCCUGCCGUACGCCCUCCUCCUCUCCAUCUUCAUCACAGUAAUGCAAGAGCCAGGUGCUCUAGAUGGCCUGUACCACUACGUCAUCCCUGACUUUAACAAACUACUUGACGUCCAGGUGUGGCUGGAAGCAUGUUUGCAAGUGUUCUAUUCACUGGGUGUUGGUUGUGGGAUGAUUGGCACUGCUGCCAGCUACAACAACUUCCAUGAACCAUGUCUCAGAGAUAGUGUCAUAUUGACGAUUAUCUCAGAAGGAACCAGUAUCUUCUGUGGCCUGGUGACGUUUGCUGCUCUCGGAGUCAUGUCACAGAGAACGGGCGUUCCCAUUGAAACUGUUGUCACAGGGGGUCCAGGUUUGGGAUUUGUGACCUAUCCAGACGCUCUCGCACAACUUCCGGUCCCUCAGCUGUGGUCAUUCAUGUUCUUUCUGAUGUUGUUCAUGGUUGGUUUGGAUUCACAGUUCCUGAGUACUGAAGUCAUUAUUACUGCCCUGAUUGACCAGUAUCCACGACAGCUGAGCAAGAAGAGGAUGUUUCUAACAGGAGGAUGCUGCCUGACAGUAUUUCUGAUUGGACUCAUCUUCUGUACCCAGGGAGGGCCGUACAUGUUUCAGCUGGUCGACUGGUAUGUGUUGUCUCUCGGGCCCAUGGUGAUAAGUACAAUGGAGUGUAUUGUCGUGUCGUGGAUAUAUGGUAUAACACGAAUUAGUAAAGACGUUGAGAUGAUGAUUGGCAAGCCACUGCCGAUGCCUGUAAAGAUCCUCUGGGCUCUGGUAACGCCGACAAUAUUGAUAAUCACUUUCAUCUUGACACUUCUCCGCUACCAGCCACCAACCUACGGCAAGUACGAGUUUCCUAGCUACGCCUCUGCAAUCGGCUGGUUCAUUGCAGUACUGCCCCUUCUACCGAUACCCCUCUACAUGGUCCUGACUGUCAGGAAGCACAUGGCUACCAAUUCCCUGAAGAAGAGUGUACGUCUUGCCUUAAUGCCUGAUGAUGAAUGGCGACCUGCGAACUACAGAAGCAGCAAGGUUACAGGAGGAAUCGACACGAUAACAACCAACUAG